AUGUCAUUAAAACCAACUUUAUAUUACUUAGAUGCUAGAGCACGUGCUGAAACAAUUCGUUUCAUUCUUAAAUUAAAGGGUGUAAAAUUCAAUGAUGUAAGACUCAAAGAGAUUCCAGCCGACUUGAAAGCAAGAACCAGUUUCGGACAGGUUCCAUUCUACGAGGACAAAGAUAUCAGUCUAUCACAAUCACUCUCAAUAGAGUCGUAUUUAUCCGAGAUUCAUGGACUGGCAGGUUACACCACGGUAGAGCGUGCCUUGAUCAGUCAGUUUGUUCAUGCCACUCAAGACGUAUAUAAUCCAUAUUUCAGAGCGAACGACGAAGCCAGUAACACUAAAUUCAGAGAUGAAAUAGCUCCAAAAUUCUUGACUCGCUUCCAACAACACCUGAAAGCAGCCGGGGGUGAACAUUUUGUUGGCGGCAGACUGACACAUGCCGAUAUCUCUGUUUUUGCACUGCUCGAUUACUUUCAUCAACAAACACACAACAACCUACCUGAAGUUUUAGCACCAUUCACUUUAUUAGAGAGCUUUUACAAUAAGAUUGCAUCUAUACCAGAGAUUGCUGAACAUUUACAAACAAGACCAAAAACAAGACUUUAA